GAGACAGUCGUCUCGCAGAUCAGACAACUGGCCUGUGAGAGGAUUUGGCUCUGGACAGUCUCACAUUUUUGGAGGGAACACUCAGUAAAUGUUACUAGCUUUAAAUAGCACUCUGUACUCAUGAGAUUUAUUUAAAGAUAAAAUGGCAGCAUGUAUCACGAGUGUCAACUGAAUUAUAGAGAGACUUUGUAUUGGUUCUCAUGCUCAGUUCUGAACACACAUUGUAAGGAUCUAAGAUAACACCUGAAAUUGAAGAGAAACAGUCUACAAAAGAGACGGUAGGCCUGUAUAUAAUGUAGUUUAUGUUUUUGUGUGUGCGCCAGGUUGCUCACUAAUCUCACUUUACUCUUCGCUGGGCUGCUGGAGGUUGCCAUGUUCACAGCCGCAGCUGUGGGUCAGCUGCACAGAGGAAAUGACAAGGGUGCUGAAUUCAUCCAGAUAGACGACAGGCACCGUUUUCUGGGAGGUGGGCUGACAACAUGGCACCUGGAUCUGGAGAAAGGCACAUUAACACAGUUAAUGAAAUUAGAAAAAGUCAAAACAAGGUUGCAAAACACUAGGUCAAAUAUCCAAGACUCUCACAUGAAAGUACCUUCGUCUUUGACGGUGAAAACAGCAAAGGGUCAUGGGAUGUGGCAUGGGAAAAUCAGAACUACAGCUGAAGAAAUGUGAAAGAGUGAGUCUCUCGGUUCCAGCUGCCACUGCAAUCAGAGCGGCUCUGUUGAUCCAGCGCUGGUACCGUCAGUAUGUUGCCCGGCUGGAGAUGAGACGCAGGUGCACGUGGAACAUCUUCCAGUCUAUUGAAUAUGCAGGAGAGCAAGACCAGAUCAAGCUCUACAAUUUUUUUGGCUUCCUGAUGGACCACUUCACCCCAGCCAGCAGUGAAAGAAACCUAAUAUCUCACAUCUUUCGUGAGAAUGAAAUCUGUCGUGACAUAGAAUGGGAGAGAUAUUUUUGCUACAAGGACAUUGAGGUACCCGACAGCUACACCGGCCCCCAUCUGACCUUCCCCAUGACCUUCUGUGGGGUGUCGAAGCUGGUGGAGGCCUUCAAGCACAAACAACAGCUCCAUGCUCGAUAUGUUCUGCAGCUACUUGGAGAGACUUGGAGACUCCUCAGGAUUCUUCCAAAUAUCAAUCAAGUUUCUGCCUGCCAUACCAAGGAGAUUACAAUCUGCGGAGAUUUACACGGGCAUCUUGAAGAUCUGCUGUUGAUUUUCUACAAGAAUGGUUUGCCAUCCUCUGAGAAACCGUAUGUCUUCAAUGGAGACUUUGUGGAUCGUGGGAAAAACUCCUUAGAGAUCCUGCUCAUCCUGUUCGGGUUUCUCUUGGUCUAUCCGAAUGACGUCCAUCUGAACAGAGGGAACCAUGAAGACCACAUUGUUAACCUCAGAUAUGGUUUCACUAAAGAAGUUUUGGGAAAAUAUAGGAUGCAUGGCAAGAAGAUCCUAAAGCUUCUCCAGAAGAUCUUCAGCUGGCUGCCUCUGGCCACAGUGAUUGAUCACAAGGUGCUGAUUGUGCACGGUGGGAUCUCUGACACGACAGACCUCAACACGAUAGCCAGAAUGGACAGACACAAAUAUGUGUCGGUUCUCAGGCCUCCCAAGCCGACCCAUCAUGCAGUCAAUGGCAGCAAGACUCAGACGAUGAACAACAGGAACGGGGAGGCCAGUGGACCGGUGGAAGGCCGGCGUAGAGUGUGCUCUCUGACUUACCACAGCUCAGCCCCGGCUUAUAAGCACAACCUGCCCCGCCGCUCGCUCCACAACCAACCCACGAGCAGUCAACUCAACUGGUCGGUGGAGGAGGAACUGAAAAGGAGGCGCCGGCAGGCUGGCUUUGACCAGUCCUACGGAGAACAGACAAAGUCUGAUUCUGACUCAGACCCGGAGUCUGGAGAAACAACAGAAACAGAUGAGCAUGAGUGGAAACAAAUAGUGGACAUGUUAUGGAGUGACCCAAUGCCUCAAAACGGCUGCUGUCCCAAUGAGGUGAGAGGUGGAGGCUGCUACUGGGGACCAGAUGUCUCUGAGGAAGUGCUGGGAAAACACAACCUGCAGCUCCUUAUCCGCUCCCAUGAGUGCAAACAGGAAGGCUACGAGUUCUGCCACAACCGCAGAGUGCUGACUAUAUUUUCAGCCUCUAACUACUAUGAGGUGGGCAGCAACAGAGGAGCCUACAUCAGAAUGGGCCCUGAUCUGGUCCCUCACUUCAUUCAGUACCAGGCCAGCAGGACAAGCAGAGAGUUUACCCUGAGACAAAGUGUCGGGUGGACAGAGAGAUCAGCUCUGCGAGCUCUGAAGGAACAACUGUUUGUACAUAAGUCAGAUCUCAUCAGUGCCUUCCAGGAGUUCGAUCCUAACAACACAGGGUUGAUCUCUCUAAGUCACUGGGCCAGUGCCACAGAGAGAGUACUGAAUCUGGGUCUUCCCUGGAGGGUGCUGCGCCCUCAGCUUGUCAGCAGCACCCGGUAUGGCAUGGUGGACUACCAGCAGUGGAUAAGGGAGUUGUCCAUCACUGAGCCCAAACUAGAGAUCUCAGAUAACAGUAUCCUCGAGACUAUGUACAAAAACCACUCCAACCUGGAAACCAUCUUCCGUAUCAUAGACACGGAUCACUCAGGUUUGAUCUCUUUCGAGGAGUUUCGGCAGACCUGGAAGCUCCUGAGCUCUCAUCUUAAAACAGAGAUCAGCGACAAGGCCAUCGCAGACCUGGCCCAGAGCAUCGACUUCAACAAGGAUGGGAGCAUCGAUAUCAAUGAGUUCAUGGAGGCUUUCCGGCUAGUGGACCUCUCGGCACAUAGCUGAGAACCUGGACCAGGAACUGUAGCUGUGCCUGCUGAUCUGCUGCCUAGAGAUCAGCAAGGACUGUCUUGGAUAAACACCUGGAUACACAGCUGUCAGAAUUCAAAUGUUUAGUAGUUUGUCAUCCAUUUGACCUGCGUGGGUUGAUUGAGUGCAUUAUUGUUAAUCCAUAUACAACCUAGAUCUUUUCUACCUCUUAAGAUGUUUGGCUCUCUCUUUUUUUAAACUUUUUUUAUUUAGGUUUAUUUAAGAAGCUGGUGUAUUUUAAGGAGUUGUGUAUAGCUUAAGGAUCACUUGUGUAGUUGGUGGGAGACUUUUAAAGGUGAAGAGUGUUUUACCUUCUCAUUUACUUGAAUACAAAGUAUUAGUGAUGGAAAGUGCAUUCCAACAGUCCGUAUAAGCUCAAACUCCUGCAUCAAAAUGUACGUGUAUUAAAAACGUGAUUAUUAAAAAGCAGUAUCAAAAGCAAACCAAUUGUG